UCAAUUCAUUUCAAAACUUGCCAACAGCAAGCUGCUUCCAAAAUUUUAAGUUAAAAAAUUAUUAAAAAAAAGAUAAAUUCAUAGAAAAUCCUUCAAUCCUUUUUCUUACAAAAAAAGUUUAAAAAGAUAAAAACAAAUUGAAAAUGUGCGAUCCUUGCUGCCCUCCAUGUGGACCAUGCGGACCCUGUAGCCCAUGUGAUCCUUGCUGUGCUCCUUUUGAGUGCUCUCCAAAAUGUUACACGGGAGCUCAAUUGGAUGCCAUACCACAAUGUGCGCCACGGAUACCGCCACCAGUACCCAAAUGCAUUACCGUCCAGCAGCCACCUCGCUUGAUUUGCAAAAAGCGAGUAGUCUUCACGGAAAAAGUUGUUCCCGAACCCAUGGUGGUGAAUCGAUGUCGACAAAUCACCAUACCCAAAGUGGUGGACACAACACGUGUCAUUAAAGUGCCAAAAUUGACAUGGGUAUCACAAAUGGUCCGUGAGCCAAGAGUCAUCUACUAUCCGUCGAUGGUCCCCGACCCUUAUGUGGUGUGCUAUCCCAAGCGUAUUUGUGAACCGCGUGAAGUCUGCCAAUCGAUAUUGUGUCAGCCCAAGCCGCAAACGCUAGAUGUUCCACCGCCCAGAGAAUUUUGCUGUUAUCCCACGGGUCCAAUUAACUAUAAGCCCAGUGCAGCUUGUCCACCAUGUCCAAUGGGACCAUCAUCACCCUGUGGGCCAUGUGGUCCCUUGCCAUGUUUUUCCACCAGUCAAUAUCCCCUGUGUGAGCCGUGUGGGCCUUGUGGACCUUGCGGACCGUGUGGACCUUGUGGGCCUUGCGGACCAUAUGGGCCUUGCGGACCAUGUUUGCCACCUAACUGUGGGCCUUGUGGCAUGACCAUGCCAUCUGGACCUUAUGUUCCUACUCCAUGUGGACCUUGUGGCCCUUGCGGACCCUGUGGACCUUGUGGCCCUUGCGGACCCUGUGGACCUUGUGGACCCUGCGGCCCCUGUGGCCCUUACGGUACGUGUGGACCUUGUAUACCUGGUUGUCCCUAUGAAGCACCUGAAUGUGGUCCUUGUUAUCCCUGUUCGCCAACACCCUGGAAUACUCAGUGUGGACCUUGUGGCCCUUCUGGACCUCAAGUGCCUUGUGAACCUUGUGGUCCCUGUAUGGGUCCUUGCAAUCCAUGUGGACCUUCGUGUUAACCUCUUACAAUUUUCAUGGUAUAUUCUCAAGCCUAAAUCUUGUCGCAGCCAUGAACUACGCUCCGGCAUUAUGUACACCACCUGCGAUUGUAUUAAACGAAAUGGCCUCCAAGAUAAAUGUCCUCGUUCCCAGUGUCAGGGUCGUUCGGCUUG